UGCCGGUGUCAUGGCAGUCAUGGCCGGCGCUUCGCCGCAGUGGCAUGGUUUAGCUUAGGUUACUUGCGUUCCCCGUCUUUACUUUAACCUACGAUUACACCAUUCCCGACUGCUACGGCUGCAUGUUGGAUUGCAAGUUUAAGUUAUCUAUUAUGCGACCUUGGUAUAUUGACGAUUCUUAACCGAACGCUGUCUUUGGAGCCAGAGAUGUUGCCUUUACUGCGUAGAAGCCUUCCCGUAGCUGCGAGGCUGCGAUGCAGCUACUCGCCCCGUUAUGUUGCUUGCGCCCAGCGCAUGCUAAUUGUGGACUCCCCUUCCGACAGGAACACUAUAAGAACUCACUAUGAUUUCGGCCAUCGAAAGAGGAAAACGCCCAAGCACGAGUACUUCACUGGUUUCGUGCUCAUGCUGUGCACCAUCGCUCUUUUCAUCGACUUUGAUGAGCUUGGUGAAAAGGUGGAGGAUGGGAUUGAGGCAGUUCGAAAGUACUUUCGUGUGUCCUCGGAAAGUAGUGUGUCACAUCCUGGUGGUAGGGAGGGUGAAGAGGACUCUGAUGUUGAAGAAACAAAAGGAAAAGGCAAAGGAAAGAAAAAGAAAGACAAGCCUGGGUUUCGUGACCGAAAAAUUAUUGAGUAUGAGAACCGUAUUAGAGCUUACUCCACUCCAGACAAAAUAUUUCGUUACUUUGCCACCAUGCGUGUCUACAACGAGGCUGGCGACUCCGAAAUUUUCAUGUCACCCCAAGACUUCCUUCGUUCAAUAACCCCUGGCACUAAACAGCCUGAAGGCUAUGGACUUGACCAGUACAAGAGAAUUGACAUACGUACCGAUAAUGCUUCUGGGAACGGUUACAAGGUGUCUGCUGACAUGGAUGAGAAAGUAUUUUCAGGACUAAGCGAAGACAGCAUUUUUUACAAGCUGAGUUCGUCUGGCUUGAUCAGCUUUUCGGAUUACAUUUUCCUGCUCACCAUACUGUCAGCAUCAAAACGUCAGUUUGAGAUUGCAUUUCGGAUGUUUGACCUCAAUGGAGAUGGCAACGUAGACUACGAUGAGUUUGAAAAGGUGCAGACGAUAAUCAGGCACCAAACCAGCUUUGGCAUGCGGCAUAGAGACCACCAGACAACAGGCAGCAUCUACAGGGGAGUAAGCAGCGCUCUGUGCAACUACUUCUUUGGCCCCAAGCUUGAUAAAAAGCUCACAGUGGAAAAGUUUCUGAACUUUCAACGGCAGUUGCAGACCGAGAUCCUUACUCUUGAGUUUAUGCGCAAAGAGCCUGAUGAACAAGGUAUGAUCAGAGAAUGGGACUUUGCUGACCUGCUGUUGACUUACGCUGGCCUCAAUGACAAAAAGAAGUCUCGUAUGAUCAAACGUAUAAAAAAAAAGUUCAAGAGCCAGUCAGAGGGUAUCAGUCUUGAAGACUACCUCCAGUUCUUCCACUUCCUAAGCAACAUCACAGAAGUGGACACUGCGUUGACAUUUUAUCACAUUGCGGGAGCUUCCAUUGAUGAAGCUACCCUGAAACAUGUGGCCAGAACCGUCGCCCAUGUGGACCUGAGAGACUAUGUCAUUGAUGUCAUCUUCACUCUGUUCGAUGAAAACCUGGACGGCCAGCUGAGCAACAAAGAGUUUGUCUCAGUGAUGAAAGAACGUCUUCACCGUGGUCUUGAAAAACCAAAGGACACAGGAUUUGUGAAACUCAUCAACUCUGCGUGGAAGUGUGCAAAGUUGAAAAAGCCAGUGCUUCUCGACAUAUAAUAUAGGCUUGCUUUUGUGUGCA